UCCGUCAUUUUUUAUUUAAUUCUAAUUUAAUUUUUCAUCCCGUUUAUCGAGUCGCGGGUGUAAGCAAUUCAUAAAUAUUUAUAUCCGUGGAGGUAUGACGAUGUAAGGAGACCGCUAAGUGUAAUUUCCUCGAUACAUCGGCGAAUGAUUCUCGACGUCGCUCAGUCAAUUGUGUACCUUCGCGACGGACGCGUCCGACUGACAGAGGUCAAUUCCAAUUCCGGACAGUUUGGCGAUGGACCCGCUGGCGCCCACCGCGCUCGCGGUCUCCUCCGACUUCAUGGACCGAAUCGGUAGUGGACUGACACUCUUGAGAGACCACGGAAAAAAAGUUCAAAAGUAUUUAUGGAAGAGCAAAAAACUUGAUGUUACCAAGAAAUCGUUGAAAUCUCAAGUGAAUAUUGUUCUCGUGGAUGCCAAAGACUUGCCAGAUGAAAUUACAUCUAAUACAAAUGGCCUUUACUGCAAAUUUAGGUUAGGUAAUGAAUCCCACAAGUCAAAACAAGCCGCGAAAUCAAAAGCAGAAUGGCGGGAAAGAUUCAAUCUCUACAUGUAUGAGGACAGUAAUUUGGAAGUCAAAGUGUGGCACAAGGGAAAACAAAAGACAUUUGUAGGCAGAUGCGUCAUCGAUCUAUCGCAGCUGGAAAGAGAGCGGACACACGAGCUGUGGCAAGAUCUGGAGUAUGGCUACGGGAGUCUGCACAUGCUCGUCACGCUGGGCGGCUCAGAGCGAUGCGCCUCGACUGAAAACCUGACUGUAGCCAACGGAAUUACACAUCAGCCGACAAUAAUAGAGGAGAAAUACACAUGGUACCGUUUAGAAAACAAUUGGAACGAGGUAGGCCAGCUGUCGGUGACUAUCCACGGCGCGAGGGGCCUAAGCUCGCUCGGUCUUAACGGCAACAUCGACGCAUACUGCGUCCUUGAGGUGGACAACGCGAGAGUACAAACGCACGCCGUUCGCAACUCCAGCGACCCUACCUGGAACAAGAAUUUCAUAUUCAAUAUUAAUGACGUGACGUCGACGCUGGAUAUAACAAUUUAUGACGAAUCAAUAAUACAGUCAAUGAAAGGGGAAACCCUCGGGAAAAUAUCGAUACCUCUACUGAGGAUAAAUAACAACGAAAAGAAAUGGUACGCAUUGAAGGAUCGAUCGAAAAAGCACAGUGCAAAAGGAAAUUGUCCAAGAAUCUUAUUAGAAAUGUCCUUGGAGUGGAAUCCGAUAAAGGCAUCGUUCAGAGUUUUAAGUCCGAAGCCAACUAAAUAUGUCGAGAAACCGCCGAAAUUCAGCAUCCCUCUGAUUUAUAAUAACUUAAAAUUCAUCAAAGUUGUAUUCGACUACAUUUACCUUGGAAAUGUCUAUUUCAAAAAUACAUUUGAAUGGGACAAUAGAGAAAAAUCGGCAUUGGCUUUAGGGGCAUGGCUUUUAUUCUGGUAUUUCUUUAGGAUGUGGAUGAUGCCAUUGCUUUUAAUUUUACCAUUUGUUCCAUACUGGGCGAUGUAUCGAGCAGGAACCAAUUGCAGCCAACUACUUCCGAUACUAAUAGAUGAAGAUAUUACAGAAGAGGACAGUGAAAUACAAAAGGAUGACAAAACAAUAUCAACGCGCUUGUACGAGCUACAGGAUCUAACUUUUACUAUUAAAAAUGGUAUCGACUAUAUUGUAUCGAUAAUUGAAAGGUUAAAAAAUUUAAUAAACUUCAGCGUGCCGUAUCUAAGCUAUUUAGCUAUUAUAGGGUUAGCAGCUGCGUCUGUUGCGUUUUACGUCAUACCUGUUAACUAUUUAUUCAUGGCAUUAGGUAUAUACAAGUUCACAAGGAAGGCUAUGAAUCCUAACAGGGUUCCUAACAAUGACAUACUAGACUUCAUAUCGCGUGUUCCAGAUAAUGAGAUUUUGAAACAGUGGCGGGAGCUGAAAGUGAUAGAAUCUGGUGUCAGCAGGUCUGAUUCAAUGAAGAGACGGUGAUGAGUGUCCUGGGAUAUGUAGACUAGUGCCAUAAUUGUAAUAGAAUUUCUUACUACCCUACGUAUUCCGCGUAGGGUAAAUGAAGAUUGUGAUUUAGUGCAUAAUAAUUUAUUUAUGUUCCAUGUACAGUAAAUAUAAGAAUAAUGUUAUUAUAAUCAGUCAAUCGAAAUCAAGUUCUUUGUGCUGGGUUCAAUUCCUAAUGGCAAAUUGUUUUGCAAUUUAUAAAUAAUAGUAUAGUUAAGUAAAUCUGAUACAUUUGUACAAUAGCACUCACAAUGCAUUUUUAGGUUUAUAAUAGAAUAUUUUAUAAAUACGUAGUGUAAAAUACAGAAAGACAAUUUAACGAUGAAUUCUAUUACGUCAUUGUUUUAAAUUCAUAGACAUUUCAAAUACUGCCAUAAAGUUUAAAGUAACGAAUACAAGAACAUAAGAGAAGGGAUGAGAAUAAUUAAAAAAUAAUUUACUAUAAAUAAUUUGUCUAUGGCCCCAAACUUUAUCAAAAAGAAACAAAUUAGAAAACAUUGUCAGUAUCGCCAAAUCUUGCCGUUCCCUC